ACAGCUGUAGUUGAUUUAGUGAAAUACCUUUCUCUGAUAUAUAACAUUGAAAUAAAUUUAGAUGAUCAACUUAUUUGGAAUUAUCUUUAUUUUUAGGAGAAUAUUUACACAUUGGGAUAUUAUGAAAGAUUGGAAUAAACAUGUUACAAAUAAUAUGACUACCAUCGAUUGAAAUGUAUAUUCAUAGAUGUUUAAUCAAUGUAAUUGUUAUGACACUGUUAAGUGUAAAUGCUCAAAAUGAAUUGAAUCAAAUUGAUUCACCUACCAUUAUUGAUAGUUUAACAUUUCCUUUAAUAAUAGAUGAUAUAGAUGUAGAAAAUAAACCAUUAAAGUUUCCUAUCAAAGAACAAAUAACACCAAAAAAUGUAUAUCAUACAGAAUCAAUUUCUGUGAAAAGAAGAAAUUCCAAUCAAUCAAUUGAUAAAUCUAAAUAUUUUGACAAAUCAACUGUUGGAAAUGAAUUUAAUUAUUCAAUUUUUGAUGUUGGUGAAUCAUUAUGUCCAGAUGUUUAUUGUUAUGCAAAGCGUUUAUCUCCUACAGAUGAAUUAACAUUUGAUUGUAAAAGUAAAUCGUUUGAAGUUACUAAUGAAGAUACAAUGAUUGAUUGCCAUUAUUGGCAUGUACCGUCACCAGGUGCAGAUUCUAAUCAACAGCGUCAAUCUAAACAGCAUGGAAAAGGGUAUGAUUUACGGAUUGUGUUAAAACCAUCCACAAUAAGCGCUGAUGAUUUAUCUUCAAAGUCAAAUAGUGCUUCAAGAUUACGAAUUAGUCAUUUAAAACCAGGAGUAUUAAAUUGGAUUAUUGAAACAGUUCGACUAAGUUUGAAAAUGCCUUUAAGUCCUGUUCAUUUGACAAUUUCAUUUAUUUAUUUCAAACGUCUUGGACGAGACGAUUUAGGCAAUCUAGCAACAAAAUCACGUGUAACACACUUAAGUUUAUGGAACCCUUUCAAUUGGGAUGAAGAUAGUUUUAUACCUAAUACAAAUAAAACAUCGGAAUCAUCAAAUAAUGCAGGUUAUUUAGUCGAAGGUCCGCCUUAUUUUCGUCUUUCUUUGUUUUGUGACUAUGAAAAUCAAAACCCUUCGUUUAGACGUUUAUGGUUCCCAUGGAAAAGUUGGCAACUACGUCUUACUCACUGUCCCGAUCUCUAUAUUUGUUGGCACUGGCGCAGUAAAUAUCCUAUUUGUGAUGUAAAACAAUCGAUUGACAACCCUGAGAAACUGUUGAAGUCCUUUAUACCAUCUUAUUUGAUCUCACCUAAGUCAUUAAUCAAUUCACCCCAGUCAGUAAAACAAGAGACUGGUAUGCAAAUAUUAUAUGAUAACCAAUGUUUAAGUAAUCCCAAUCAAACAAAUCUUAUUAGAGAUUUAAAAAUGAACUAUCCUAGUCAAUGUUUACAAUCAUAUAAUGAUAAACCAGCAACAGAUAUUCAUGCAAGUAAGACUAUUUUACAACAGACAACAGAAAUACAAACUACAACUACAACAAUGGCUAUAAUACCUACAACUAUAAACAUAACAACAACAACAGCGACAAUAGUAAGCAGUACUCCUAGAACGUCGUUAACGACAACGACUAUUACCACACCAUUAAUGACAACAUCUAUACGUCCCACUAUUACUUCACUGUCUACGACUUCGACUUCUGCUACUUCUACUACUACCAGUACUACUACUGGAAAUCAAACAAAUCUCAUGAUAAAACUAAACAAAACUACAAACCUCAUAAAAUCAAUAUUAAAAAUGAAUACUACCAAAAUGUAUCCAAUUGAUUAUUCAAUGAAUCAAUCAAAUAUUUGGUCACCUAAUCAUAAAGAAAUGAAUAUUUUAGAUCAAAAAUCAAAUUAUAAUAAAACCAUUUCAAUUGUAUUCAAUCAAGAUAAAGAUGGUAUAUCAAUGGAAUAUUUAACAAAUGGAUUAAUUCUAUUAGCUAUAUUAAAUAUUAUAUUAAUUAUUUGUUUUAUUAUAUUAAUAUUAUGGAUACGGAAAAGAAUUCGAAAACAUUCAAAAAAUCAAUUUUAUCAAGAUUAUAUGACUGGUCGUCAUAGUAACUAUACAACGAAUAAUGAUAAUAAUUAUCCAUUAUUAAUAUCAACUAGAUCAGGUUCAUAUUUAUUUGGAUCUCAAUUGAAAUUAAAUCAACGUCAUAAUUCAUUUCCUAAUAAUAAUUCUUCAUUUAAUUCACAAUAUUUUAAUACAUUUUUACCAAUAUCUACUUAUAAAACUACUAAUAAUAAUCAUAGUCAACAAUUUUUAUUAGGUCGAUCAAUAUCAUAUUCAAGUAGUAUGUGGAAUGGAUCGUUAAGGAAUGGCUUAAACAAUAAUAAUAAUAAUAAUAAUAAUAGUAAUAAUAGUAAUGGUUAUCAUAAUGGAAGAGUAUCAUUAGCUAAUAGAUUAGAUUUACAAAAUAGUAAACGUAAUUUAAACGAUUCAUUAAAUGGUCUUUCAAUUGAAUUGAAUCAACAACUAACAUCAAUUCCAUAUAGAAAUCGAAAGAAUCAUCAAUUAAUCAAUCUUCCAUUACUUUAUCAUGAUAAAGAAAUAAAAAAAUCAUCUUCACAAACAUUAAUUCCACCAUUCAUUUCAUCAUCAUUAUCAUCUUCAUCAACUGCUGUGAAUACAACAGAAAUGAAUGAACAAAAAGAAAGAGAAUAUAAAUAUAUGUAUAAUUCAAGAAAUCGUCUUUCUAGUAGACAAUCAUCACCAGCACCAUUACGUGAAAUUAAAAAAUCACCAGUUAUUAAUUAUCGUAGAAAUAAAAGAAAAUUAGGUCAUGGUAGACCACCAUUAGCUUGUUCUGUCAGAAAACCGCAUACAUUAGUUAUUGAAGAUAACAGUCAAUGGUCAGAAGAUUUUAAAACAUCUUUACAUGAAUUAUAAUGAAUAAUGUCUGUAGAUAAUAUUGUAUACAUUCAUAUAUCUGAAUAUAAAAGAUCUAUUGCACAAUAUCGUGUAAACAGUCAACAGCAAAACAAAAUUUUUAGUUCAUUUAAACCAACACAUCUAUGAAAAAUACGAAUCAUGAAUACACUUUUUCUCUUUUUUUCUCUCUCUUUUACUUAUCACCUUACAACAACAACAACAACGAAAGAAGAAACAAAUUAAAUAUUUCGUGAGACUAUAAUUUAUAAACGAAUCAAUCACACAUCAGAUAACAGGUCUCAGAUUUUGGCGCGAAAUUUAUUUUUCCAUUUGACUAAAUAGAGUUUCAGCAUUAUAACUGAUGUCAGUUUGUGAUGAAAACCUUAAAUCUAAAUUUCUAAUCCUAACCAUCAAUUAUAAAUCAUAAUUCGAAUUCUUUACACUAAUUUAUAACCACCAUCAUUUGGUCUUAGUUACCAUGUGGACACUCUCAAAAUCAGUCUAUCAUCACUUAAAGGAUUUCCAUAAAUUAUAGUUUUAUCAAAUAUUCUAAUAGACUAUCAAUAUUCUUCAUAUUCUUAUGAAUAAAAUAAAACUCCAAAUUUAUUUCUAUUUUUUUUUGUCUUCUUUAAGAAAAAAAAGAGAAAAGAAUAAAAGAAAAAAGAAUAAAAAAAGCAAAAAGAAAAGAAUUUUAUGUUUACAUUAAUGAUAUAACUUUCAAAUGAUUAUUAUUUUGAAAGAAAAACAAACAAAUAAACAAUGAAUUAUAAGUAUUCAUUAGUUCAAUUUAAAUCUGUAUCCAUAAUGAAUGACCUUGAGAAAUUAGAAAUAUUUAAAAUUUGAAUUUAUUAUUAGUUUAAUUAUUUCAAAUUUUGUUUAAGUUUUAUUUUCAAUUUUCAUUAUUGUAUAUUAUAAUUCUUUAAAUUAUGAGAUUGCUUUAUACCUUUCUUUCUUUACUAUCUAUCUAUCUAUCCUUAUAUACAAUCAUUCAUUUAUAUAUUACUAUGAUCAUUGAAGUAACUAUUUCUAUGAAUUCGAUGUUUAUCUUAUUUGUAUUAAUGAAGUAAUGAGGUAACUUGGAUCAAUGGAUAUAUGGGCUUGAUCCUAUAUUGUAAUUUAUUGACUGUAUAUUUAUGUAUAAGGAGAGAAAGAGAGGCGGGGGAGGGGGAAAACAAGAACAAUCAACAUUAGUUAGUGUUUAUGUUUUUUCUUUUAACUAGUAUAUAUAUAUAUAUAUAUAUUUUCUCAUUAUGAUAUAAGUUGGAAUAAAUGUUUACAAGUUAUGGGAAUGAUAAAAACAUGAAACUAAAGUUUUAGGAGUUUUCUCCUUACCCCCCCCCCCUUGCUAAUUAUUUUUUAAAGAAAUGUAUUUAAGAAAAACAUUGAAUUUUGACUUAAACAAACUGAUGAUUGUUUAUUUAAUUGGAAGAAUUAAAGUUAGUUUAUAAUGAAUGUAAUAUACUUUGAA